GCAAAUUUAAGCUUUCGAUCAAUUGAAAAUGCCAUUUGAAAAUUGUUUCCUCUCUCUCUCUCUCUCUCUCUCUCUGAAAUGCAUCUCUUUCUUUUUAUUUGUGACCAAGUGUUAAGGUUUCAAUAUUUGAAUAAUUAACCCCAAUGAGUUGGCCUAAGUGGUGAAGGCCUUGGUCUUGGGAUAUCGCUCUCUUCAAGGUUCAAGGCUCAACACCUCAUGGAUGCAAAUAAUUCUUUGGGACUAUAACCCUUGGUGAAAAGUAAGCGAUAUAACUAGUUUUGUGUAGGAAAACUUCUGAGGGUGCGGUGCACAUGAUCGAGAUUUACUUUGCAGUGAUGGAUCUAAAGGACCCUGCCAUAAAGAGAUUCCUGACAUAAAUAAUAAUAAUAAUAAUAAUUUCAGACUUAAUGGCAAGACUCGGCAGUCAUGGAGCCAAAAUCUGCAUGUUAAAACCAUCAAAUUCAAUAAGCCAUAUCAUAUCCCUUCUCUCCAGAACCAAAUGCUUUUAAUUUACGGUUAGAUCACGCUGAAACAGCCUCCCAAUAUCAAUGCUAAUUUUUAAAAAAUAAUAAGAAAAUAAUUACAAUAUCAAUGCAGACAAAUUUAAACGUAAAGACAGGAUCUAUGCAAGUGCUCGGCAAUUUCCUAGGACUCGCACCCUCUCACUGAUGUCAAUGUUGAAUUGUACAGGGAAGAACCCACAAACACGAGCAAAGAAACUUGUUCUCCACAUCACUUGCCUUAAAAUGUCUUCACACACACUUUUCCAUAGCCCCUCCUCGUUCUUUCAAGAAAACAAAAGGUGGAUAAAUUUUAAGGAGGUUCGGUUGAGUGUGAUUUUUAAGACUGCAACUUUUUCAGGCAAGCAACUGUCAUUCACAAUUACUAUUAAUACGUUCUCUAACUUUUGUAUUGUUUGCAUCUGCAUUUUUUUCAACAGAGUCUUCGGUAUUUUGGUCUGUAUACACACAUGAAAUGUACGCUUGCUCAUUUAAGAUUGAUUUGGGGCCUCCUUACAAAGUUUCUUUGAUAUCUUCACAUCUAAUCAACACUGGUAUGUUGAUGUUAUGCUAGCUUCUGCACAGCAGUUGGGCCAGAAGUUGAUCUAUAUCUCUCACGUACAAACACGUGUACAUACUUUGUGCAGGAGGAAAAUAAACAUGUCGACCUCGCUUGAGUUACAAAUUCAUUCGUCACUAAUGGAGCUUUCAAGAUUCAAGAAUUUUAUAACCACCAGUGUGAGAAAUCAUACGGCUAAUGAUGGAUACUGGUCCAGCAAUGAAAUUUUGAGGGAUUUCAUCGGUAAGUUUGAUAAGUUGUGUCUUGAGGCAGAUGCAAUCACUGGAAAGCAGAAACAACCAGAUCAAUGCAGUUUGGAAGUGAAUAGUUCACGUGGUAUAAAACUGUCAGCAGGUCCAAUGGAUUCAGCUCCAAAUAAAAUUUUGAAGCCGCUGGGUUGUUCAGGGAACAAAGUUUGCAUCAGUUCUUGCAAGGGGAAGGCAGUGAUGCAGACUGGUAUGGUUGAACAGCUUAACGAACGACUGGAGAUCCUUGAAGAAGAAACUGAAACUAUGAAGAAAGAUCUUUUUGGGGUUUUGGAAGAAAGGAGAACGCUGGUGAAUGAGAUAUAUGAGCAGUUUCAGAUUAUACAGCAUUGCCUUUGCCUCCGAAAUCAAGCUAUAGGAGAAACAUGUCCCCGUGAUCAUACUCUGAUAGCAGAACACGCCCUUCACAUGAUAAGAUGUGAUAUUGUAGCUGUUGAAUUGAAGGCUUUUUUCGUGAUGCAUGUCCCACUGUAUGAACAAGAUGGAAGAAUGGCAGAUCUGUCUCUUCUCUCCCCAGAAAUCCUAGAUCUAACAUGAUAUCAUUCAAGAACGUCAUAAUGUCGAUUCCUUCCCUCGGAAAUUUCAUGGAAGUUGGGCUCCAACCACCUUUUUCCAGAUUCCUUUACGACACAAGUACAGGUAUGGUUUUGUGGUGCCGUAUGCACGCACAUCCAUGUAUAAUACGAAAUUACACUGUGAUUAGUAUUCAAAUCAGUGAGAUAUAAAACGAGUAAGACUACGCAUCCGCCACUGUGCAGCUGCACACGCUGCACACCGUACGUGGCGUCAUUUUAAAUCUUUUUUUUUUUUUUUUUCAAACGUGCGUUUUAGAAAUGU